UUUUAUGAAAUCAAUCCAUAUCUUAGCAUUAUUUAAGCGUUAAGUAAUACUAUCCAAGAGAUUGUCAUCUUCAACAAGUAAAUAUUUACAAAUCAGUCAGCUGUAAAGUGUAAAGAAAAUACACAGAAAAUCUUAUAUAGAAUGCAUUCUUUAUACGCAUUCAAUACUCUAUAUGCAAUAUGACCGCAUUUCGAAUAUACUAAAACGACAUCUCCCUCCGUCCUCUAUGCUGCCCAGCACUUAGCACGACUUACGGAUCGUAUCAAGUUACGAGAACAAACAACAAAAACUCAUACAGUUUCGAUACAGAAAAAAACCAAUUAAUGUGACUAAAAUAUAGCAUAGUAAAAACUGGAAUAUGCAUAAUGAGGAAUACUGCUGGAAAUUCUUUUGAGUGCAGUGCGUGGAGCACAAGUAAUUGUAAUACGAGUGAUCGCUGUAGUUCCUGCCAAAGAUCGCAUAAAACAAAGGCAAAUAUUGGGCACAUUUUAGUGUCCAAUAUUUGUACGGAAAAUUCCACAUUCCUGCGUCUGUUGUUGUUGUUAACGCUCUGCCUCAGCUCGACACUGGCCGCUCCGCAAACCUCCUGCAUACUCUGCAAUAAGGAAGAUCUGAGGGCCAAGGAGCCAACAAUAAGCGACAGCUACGAGGAAUUCACAUUCGAUCAUCAGGUAUCGCGGCAGGAUGCUAUUCAAGCGCUGCGCAAGUUCAAUGAGACUCAUGGCGGCACACAAAACGCUUGCAACUCGAUGAAGUGCACGCAGACGGUGCUUAAUUAUUGCUUGGGUCCACAGUUCCUAAAUGAUCAUUGCUGGUGCGAGCUGCAGCACAGAGAAGAGGGCCUACCCUAUGUGCCGCAUAUAUGUUAUGUGGGAGAAAAGGUCUACAAGCCUUCGGUGGGUUCAUGUUUCUUCUUCGAGGAGGUCAAGGAAUGCUGCUGUGCAGCCGCUUUGGUCAGCGAGUGGCGACACAUCUCAGGUGCUUCAAUUAGCCCACCACAAGCCAUGUUAAGCUCAAUACUGGCUUUACUGAGUGUACUUCAUUGGCGAAGCAGAAGGCGUUGAAUUUGCUAAACCUAAGAUUUGGGCGGGCCCUGGGAAUAGACUAAAAUCUAGUGCAACAUAGUCAUAGUCAUGUAGGCAUCAUGCGAUGCAACGAGGCGAUUAUUUAGCCAUUAUUAAGUGUACUUAAUUCAAAAUGUUUUGCACAAAUCAAACUUACUUGGUAAGCAUUGUAUAUGAAUAUAUUUAAGCGUUA